AUGGCGCUGCUGCCAUGGCACCAGGACGCAGCUUCAUCCCGAGCAGAGCGCACCCUGCCAAUGCUGAAACAGCCUGUAGUGGCCAGGCAGAUGUUUGCAGAGAUGAGAAGAAGCAGGACCAUGGCGCUUGAGCGCUGCAGAGUGACCACCAGGAUGUUCGGUGACAGAGAGGCCACUGUGUGGGACCGGGUCGGACGGCCCCACCGAGACUGCAUGUGCUACCUUGGACCUCCUACCACUUUAAUACCAAUCGGGAUGCGCAAGUCGCCCGACGUGAGCCCCAGAAGGCUUUCGGACAUCAGCCCGCAGCUCAGACAGCUCAAGUACCUGGUCGUGGACGAAGCCAUCAAGGAGGACCUCAAGUCCUCCCGGUCGGUCGAGGACAUCAACAGCGCGUCCAUAGAGGAGCGAAUAUUGCGCAUCACGGGCUACUAUGGAUACCAACCAUGGAGUACAAGCUACAAAAAGGCAGGGAGACAGAUCAUCAACAGGGAGUCGGAUGGACGGGAGAGGACGCGGAGCGGGGAGCCGGCUGUGACGGUCCCCUCAGGAGCUCUGGUGUCUGCAUCAAACCAGCUUCAGGGAUGUAGUCGAAGCGGUUUGGAGCUCAGCCCAUCCGAGCUCAUCAUCAUGAAGAAACACUCCGCAAGGGUGGCCCCUCUGUCCGCCUGCAACAGCCCGGUGCUCACCCUCACCAAAGUGGAAGGAGAAGACCGUACUAGAGAGAAUGUGGUGGGCACCUCAGACACACAGUCAGCUGGAGCAGCUGGGACAGAAUCCAGCUCCAACAGACGGAGGCUCCACUGUUGCAUCCGAGUAUCGGCCGUACAGGCGCAGAAGGCCCUGUGGGGGGUGGUCAUGGUGAUGUGCGUGUGCUCGUCUUGGGCAGGCUCCACCCAGCUGGCCAAGCUGACCUUUAAGCACUUUGAUGCCCCCUUCACUCUCACCUGGUUCGCCACUACGUGGAACUGCCUCUUCUUCCCCCUCUACUACAUCGGCCACCUGUACAAGAAUCCAGAGAGGCAGACGCCCAGGCAGAGAUUCAGGGAGUGCUGUAGGUUUUUUGGGGAUGACGGUCUGACACCCAAGGUGUUUUUCACCAAAGUGGCUCCGUUUGGCCUGCUGUGGAUCCUCACCAACUACCUGUACCUGCAGGCCCUCAGGAAGAUCAAUACAACGGACGCAUCAGCUCUUUUCUGUUGUAACAAGGCCUUCGUCUUCCUGCUGUCUUGGAUUGUACUCAGAGACCGCUUUAUGGGCGUCAGAAUAGUAGCUGCUAUCUUGGCCAUAGCGGGCAUCGUAAUGAUGACCUAUGCGGACGGAUUCCAUAGCCACUCGGUCAUCGGCAUUACUUUGGUUGUGGCCUCGGCUUCGAUGUCGGCGCUCUACAAGGUGCUCUUCAAAAUGGUGUUGGGCAGUGCCAAAUUUGGAGAAGCUGCACUCUUUCUGAGUAUUGUCGGAAGCGCCAACUUUGUCUUCAUCAGCUUCGUGCCAGUCAUCCUGUAUUUUACACGUGUGGAGUACAUCGGCUCACCCGCAGACAUCCCCUGGGGCCACUUCUGUGGGGUUGCAGCCCUGAUUUUUGCUUUCAAUAUCCUGGUGAACUUUGGCAUCGCUGUAACGUACCCAACAUUAAUAUCCCUUGGCAUUGUCCUAAGUGUCCCUGUUAAUGCCUUGGUGGACCUCUAUACAUGUGAAAUCCAUUUCAACAUGGUGCGCCUCAUCGCUGUGUUCAUCAUCUGUCUGGGUUUCCUCAUGCUGCUCUUACCAGAGGACUGGGACCAGUGCAUCAUCCAGCUCAACACAAAGCUGCGCAAACGCGACGAGCCGGCAGAGGCCGGCGGGGAGGCCGGCGCCGCCACCGGCCUCAACUGGAGAGGCAGAACCAGGACGUCCAUGUCAACAUUUACACACUGAUUCCAUAAAUGUGAACCUAAAAAACACACAUAGAUAAAGAGAGAGGCAUGUUUUUUUUGUGCAAAGAAAAAGUAAAAAUUAAAAACUAAUCUGGACAGCCCCUCUUAUUAGUAGUUCGAACAGGAGAAGAUAUAGAAGGCUCACAUUGUCUAGCAUUAACUCUAUUGUAGUAGUCUGCGAUCCUUCUUACACAAAAACUGAUCAGGUAUAAUUGAUUGAGUUGUAUGUUUUACAGCACCUCUAAAUCAAUUAGUGGACUCCCGAUAUCCUGUGAUUGCCAACUUUCUAGAGGCUCUCGGUUUUUGAGAAAAAAAACAGCACCUUCUAAACCAGCUGGCCUUAUCUAAUAUGUAAUUAUUUACAUACUAUAAGGUUCAAAGAGGAAUACCGAAAAUGCUGAAUGCCUGAGAAGAAGCCUAUGGAGAAAUACUUCAGGAUGCAAGUUAACGACAAAUACCCACAUUUUGUGCACUGUACAUAACAUUGAGCUUCAGGCCUGACAGGAUCCUCUGGUGUGAAACACCCUGUCAUAAUCUUAGAUCAAUUAGAGCCUAAAAAGGCUUUUUUUUUUACAAUGAAAUUGUAACCACAGCGUUUGGCCUCCUGUGGUUAUGUGCUCUCACUACUCACCUAUUGAUAAAGCUUACCAUCUAAUAACAAGUCAGUCAAAACAUCAACACUAUUCCAUUUAAUAUCAGAGCAUGAGAUUGCAAGCUCUAAAUAAUGCUGCAGGAAUCCCAAACUGCUGAUGGACGGAAGGCUGACAAGCUAAAUGAAAACUUGAAAAUACCCCUUUAAUUACUGACCCGCCACUGGAAGCUAUCACUGAGCCUCUCUUUGAUUCCUGAGACAUUUAACCUUCUGUGUUCACAUGCAAACAAACAGAUCUGUGGAAGUUCCGUUAAAGCAUUUUAUUUCUGAGGGGGAAAAAAAUCAGCAGACGGUAGAAAACUGUCUCACUGUGGCUUGAGGAGAGGCGUGUUGAUGCACGGCUCACAUUUCUCCCGCUCUUUUCAAAAAGUCUUACUGUAUCCGUUUUUUGUUUAUCACAUCUCCGAGGCAGGGUAACAACUGAGGGGAACGACUGAUGCACACGUCUCAUGAAGCGACUGUUGUGAACUCUGCCUUGUUGUGAAUGUAUGAACAUCAAUCGACCACAAACGCUUGCUAAGUACUGCUUCUGGCAGUGCCCCACAGACUGCUGCAGAGAGAGACUCUUUAAUAUUGUCCUUGUACUCAUCCGAAUGAGUUUUUCUCUUGGAAAUAAACAUUGCAGACUUUUUCUAUUUUUGCAUUUGGUUGCUGAAUAACCUCGAGGAGAACAGGGACCGACAUCCACAGAUCGAGCAUGCACAUGAGCAGAUAUGGCUGAAAAGUCCACUUCACUGCCUUUACUUUGUUUUGCAAUAGAGUCCAUUAGCACUGUUUCCCAUUGUCAUUCUCUAUGACAAUAAAUAAUAAUAUUGUAUUCCUCUGGAAUUAUUGCAAGACAUAAAUGUAAACCUUUGUAAGGAAUGAUGAUUUUUACACUUGAGACGCUACAUAUGACGGUCACAUUUGAGAAAAAGAAAUUUAGAAUGAGACUCGAGCAAAGAUUUAUUGGAUCUACUGUUGGGUGUCUUCAAGUGUAAUCACAUGUACUAAAUAAAAAU